AUGGACGAGAACGUCGACUUCCGGUUCAAGGUCAUUGUCAUUGGGGACUCCACUGUUGGCAAGACAAGCGUGUUGCAGCACUUCGCCACCGGGGUCUACAGCGCAGCGCAGCAGAGCACCAUCGGCGUGGACUUCAUCUUGCGUUUCCUGGACAUCGACGGCAAGAAAGUGAAGAUGCAACUGUGGGACACGGCGGGCCAGGAGCGCUACCGGAACAUCACGCAGAGCUACUACCGCAGGGUGGACGCGGCCAUCAUCGCCUACGACAUCACGCGGCGCUCCUCGUUCGAGUCUGUUCCACACUGGAUUGGCGAGGUGAAGAUGUACGGAGCCACCGACACGGUCAUCAUGCUGAUGGGUACCAAGUCUGACCUGUGCGAGAGGCGGCAGGUGCUGUUCCAGGAAGCCCGCACAAUGGCGGAGAAGCACGGCCUCCUGGCGGCUCUCGAGACCUCGGCCAAGGAGUCCAGUAACAUCAACGAGGCCUUCGAGCUCAUGGCCAAGGAGCUGAUCAUCCGCAACAGCCAGCUCGCCCUGAGCAGCGGGGGAAGACCUGGGGGAGCACUCCACUCCACGCCCAUCGUGCUGGCCCCCGGCUCCCAGGGCUCCGAGGGUGGAAGCAACAGGAGCAAGUGCUCCUGCUGAGCGUGCUCCCGGGGUCUGCCGAGUACUCGUGUCUGCAGAAUAUACCCAGUGUCUGCCAGGUACCCCAGUGUCUGCCGAGUACCCGUGUCUGUAGAGUACCCAGGGUCUGCACAGUACCUCUGUGUGCUGAGGGCCUCGGUGUCUGCAGAGUACCCCAGUGUCUGCUGUGUCUCAGCAUUUAUAGAUUACCCAAUCUGUGAGUACCCAGUGUCUGCCG